AACGAAACCAAAAUGACUCAUUACGUAUGGUAUUUUUGUUUAAUCAUCUUUUAAUCAUUGAAAUACUAAUGUAACUCAAAACAAUUACUAGACGUAAAAAUCGCCGAAUAUAGAAGGCUAAUCUCUUUUGGUGUAAAAUGUGUUGGGAGUUUUACCAUUAUACUACGCUUGAAGGCCUUGAGGCAAUACGGCGUUCGAAACGAAUCAAAAAGACAGAAGUAAUGGACGCAAGGGAUGCACUUCUCGGAAGGGGCGUUUAUUUUACAACAUUGCGCUACCACAGGUUCUCAAAAGAUACAAUUAUCUACAACAACUGGGCUGUUAGAACUGGUUGCUAUGAGAAGAUAAAGUGUGUAGUAAAGGUGAUGAUCGAACGAUACCAAAAGGAGUUGAAACCGUCCAACUGUGACAGAGAUAUUUGGAUAUUCCAACAUGAUGAUGUCGACCUGAACAAGUUUAAACACGAAUUCAUUACCUUGGAUGACAGCGAUUUUGGCAGUCGUACAGAUAUUCCUAAUCACAACAAAACAUCGAAUAGCUCAACUUCCAGUGAUUCCGGAUGUGUGAUUUUAUGAAGUUGUGGACUUAUAUAUAUGAACUCACUGUCUAGCCAGUAUGCAACAACGACACCGUUUAGUAAAAAGGCCCCAUGAUUACAUAGCCCACGUGAAUAUUUUAUUGAAAAUAAUUAAAUUAAUGGAUCAUCUAUAAAGUAUUGUAAGCUUUUUGAAUAUGAGACUGAACUGACAAUUUGGCCGCUCAAUCCAAACUGGCAACUAAAAAUACUAUUGUAUCCAAUUCAUAAAAAGAGUUUGGGUGCCAGCUUAUUUUUCACGAAUAAACAAAAACGAUUAGUAAAGAUAUCAAUGUCAUUUAUAUAAUUCAUAAAGCAAGGGCCUGGGUGUCGGCUUAUUUUCGCUCAACACCGUGUCAAUGACAAAAAGAAUGAGUAAAGAUAUACAGGGUGAGCCAAAAAGGUAAACCAAU